AUGCUCUCCAAUAGCCCCGAAAACCUCGCUUCCCUCAUCCAGGAGCAAUUUGACCCUGAUCUGCUCAGCGCGACUCUCCACGGCGUAAUCGACCAAGUCCUGCACGCAUCAUUCGUGCAGCGAGGACAGAUCGAUGAGCACAUCGCCCACCUGGCGUCGACCGCCGCCCAGAUCGACUCGGGCGUGUCCACGCCAGGGCGGCCCGCGCACUACGGGUCCGCGGCACUGUACCCUGCUCGCGGGCCCGCAGUCCUCUACGAGCACCUCGCACACACGCUCUACGCGCGCCUCUAG